AUGUUGGAUGAUGGAGGAAUCUUUGAAGAAGAGGGUAAUCAGUGCAAACACCAAUUGAUAUUCUAUUUUGGGAAUUCUCAAGUCUACGUUUACGACGGGUGUCGUCUUUGGAACUUCAAGGUCGUUGCUGGUGAUAUGACCUCCUCUCCAAGGGCGGCCUUCAUCGUCAAUUCAAAACGAGAGAGCGCAGAGUGCUCCAUUUCUCAGGUGUUAAAGCUUACGCCUACUAGUACCUACGAAUGUAAGAAUAGGCAGUGUCUGUGGGCACAAAGUCAGCAAUCGAACCGCACAAUCCAUCUAAUACUUCUGGGAAAUAGUGCUUCUAUGCUGGACUAUCUUACACCGUCUGGUUUCGGCAGUUGUGGAAGGGUUGGGCUGCUUUCCGAUGCAUUCGAAGGAUGUUUGUCCGAGUGCGUGAUUGGGAUCGAUGCGUGCUCAGCAAUGUGUACCCAUGUGUAA